UGCUGUGUACAAGUUUGUGUCAAGAGGUGUUUCCAGGAAGAAUCGUUUGAUUUCCCUGUAAUGGCGGACCACGGAGACGGUGAAAGUAUUGGGUUUAACGACAACAGGAUGACGCAGCAGACGUUGCGUUUCCGCGGCCCUACUCCUCCUCCAACCCCAGUGAUGCGUGGUCCACCCCCACUUCUCAGACCCCCGCCUCCCCCUUUCGGUAUGAUGAGAGGGCCUCCACCAAGGGGGCCACCAUUCGGGCGUCCACCGUUUGACCCCAGCAUGCCACCCAUCCCCCCACCAGGAGGCAUGCCCCCGCCUCUCGGACCCCCUCACCUACAGAGACCUCCUUUCAUGCCCCCUCCGAUGGGCAGCAUGCCCCCACCCCCAGGGAUGCUAUUCCCCCCUGGAAUGCCCCCAGUUCCAGGAGCUGGAGCCCCUACUCUGCCCCCUGCUGAGGAGAUCUGGGUAGAGAACAAAACACCGGAGGGAAAGGCGUACUACUACAAUGCCAGGACUCGAGAGUCAGCCUGGAGCAAACCUGAGGGGGUGAAGGUGAUCCAGCAGUCAGAGCUCAACCCUGUUAUGGUGACCCCGGCGGGGACAGGAGCCUCCUCCAGUAGCAUCACAUCAGUCAGCACUGCAGCUGCUAUACCCUCCCCAGUGUCCACACAGGCCCCCUCCCCGUCCAGCACCAUGACCACCAGUCCAGACUCAAACACCACCACCACCACCACCUCUGUGUCCCAGACCAUUGCUACUUCUGCUGCUACAGAUCUGCAGCCUGUGGCCUCCGUCCCCUCCAGUGUUGCAGUGACCAUCAGUGUAUCCACCGUGCCAGCCUCAGUGACACCAGUCCAGACCAUGUCCCUGCUGCCCCAGAGUCUCCCGACUGGCCUGCCACACCACGCCAUGUCCCAGCCUCACACGCCCAAUAUCCCAGGCUUCCCCCCAGGGGUCAUGCACCCCUUCAGAGUGCCUCUACCAGGCAUGCACAUCCCACUGCCCGGUGUAGCAAUGAUGCAGAUAGUAGGCGCUCCCUAUAUAAAGACAGUCUCCCCCAACAAUAACGGUAUGCUGCCCGGCAUGGCCUCUCCCCUUGUUCCCAUGAUGCACCACCCCCAGUUGGCCCUGGCGGCGCCCGCCUUGGCAGGCCUCCAACUCCCAGAGUGGUCCGAGUACAAAACGGCCGAUGGGAAAACCUACUACUACAACAACCGCACACUAGAGUCCACCUGGGACAAGCCCCUGGAACUGCGGGAGAAAGAGAGAGAGGCAGAGAAGGCCAAGGAGAGGCAGCAGGCCCUGGAGGAGGAGGCCAUGGAGAUGGAGGACGAGGAGCCCAAAAUAGAACCCCCUAAUGAGAUGAAAGAGGAGGUUAAGGAGGAGGAGAUGACUGAAGAGGAGAAAACGGCACAGAAAGCCAAGCCAGUGGCCACUAACCCUAUCCCUGGCACUCCCUGGUGUAUUGUGUGGACCGGUGACGAGCGUGUUUUCUACUACAAUCCCACCACGCGUCUCUCCAUGUGGGACCGGCCAGAUGAGCUGGUGGGGCGGACCGACGUUGACAAGAAUAUCCAGGAACCACCUCACAAAAGAGGCCUGGAGGACGCCACCAAGAAGCUGGGAAUCAGCAAAGAGGAGCUGGAGGCGGCAGCAGAGGAAGCUCUGGAGGAUGAGCCUGUGAAGGCUAAGAAGAGGAAGAAGGAGGAAGUGAUGAAAGAGGCAGACUCUGAGAAAGAGGCAGCCAUGGAGGCGGAGCUGAAGGCGGCCCGAGAGCGGGCCAUCGUUCCCCUGGAGAACCGCAUGACACAGUUCAGGGACAUGCUGCUGAAGAGAGGGGUCUCAGCGUUCUCGACCUGGGAGAAAGAGCUGCACAAGAUUGUCUUUGACCCGCGAUAUCUGCUGCUUAACCCCAAAGAGAGAAAGCAGGUGUUUGACCAGUACGUGAAGACCCGGGCUGAGGAGGAGAGGAAGGAGAAGAAGAACAAACUGAUGCAGUCUAAGGACGAGUUCAGGAAGAUGAUGGAGGAUGCAAAGCUCACCGCCAGGACAACGUUCAGCGAGUUUGCCUCCAAGCACGCCAAGGACCAACGGUUCAAGGCCAUCGAUAAGAUGAAGGACCGGGAGGCCAUCUUCAUUGAGUUCAUGACCUCUCUCAAGAAGAAAGAGAAGGAGGACUCCAAGAACAGAGGAGAGAAGGUGAAGCAGGACUUCUUUGAACUUCUUGGGGCCCACCACCUGGAUGGAGGGCAGCGCUGGAGCAAGGUGAAGGACAAGCUGGAGGGAGACCCCCGCUACAAGGCUGUGGAGAGCUCCAACACCAGAGAGGAACUCUACAAGCAAUAUGUAGACAAGCAGGCCAAGCACAUGGACUCUGAUAAGGAGAAGGAGAUGGAGCGCGCUGCCAGGAUAGAGGCCAGUCUGAGGGAGAGGGAGCGCGAGGUGCAGAAGGCCCGCUCUGAGCAGACCAAGGAGAUCGACAGAGAACGGGAGCAGCACAAGAGGGAGGAGGCCAUCCAGCACUUCAGAGCCCUCAUGUCGGAUAUGGUGAGGUCGUCUGACGCGUCGUGGUCAGACACCCGGCGUAACCUGCGUAAGGACCACCGCUGGGAGUCGGCCUCUCUGCUGGAGAGAGACGACAAGGAGAAACUGUUCAACGAACACGUGGAGACGCUCUCCAAGAAGAAGAAGGAGAACUUCAGACAGCUACUGGACGAGACCGUCAUGAUCACACUGACCACCACAUGGAAGGAGGUGAAGAAGAUCAUCAAAGAGGACCCUCGCUGUAUCAAGUUCUCCAGUAGUGACCGAAAGAAACAGAGGGAGUUUGAAGACUACAUCAAAGACAAGUACAUCACAGCCAAAGCUGACUUCCGAACGCUUCUUAAAGAGACCAAGUUCAUCACGUACAGGUCGCGGAAGUUGCUCCAGGAGUCUGACCAGCACUUGAAGGACGUGGAGAAGGUUCUGCAAAACGACAAGCGUUACCUGGUGCUGGACUGUGUCCCGGAGGAGAGGAGUAAACUAAUCAUGUUCUACAUCGAGGACCUGGACCGCCGGGGUCCCCCUCCUCCCCCCACUGCCUCGGAGCCCACGCGCCGCUCCACUAAGUGACCACGGAGAAUGCUAGAGAGCCAGAGCAUGAACCCACCUGUCCUAGUGCAGUAUUUAAAACUGUAACGUCGUAAUGCCUCAUCGUAAACCCGGAACAUCCAUCUCCUGUAUUUAUUAAAUGCAGUUCUGGGCCGUCGUGACUCUCCCCUCCUGCCUACAGGGCCUGAUGAUGAUGAUGAUGAUGAUAUGCCACUUCCCUGUGACCCUUAACAUCUGACCUUUGGCUAAGGUGAAAGGUUAAAGGGAUAGGUAUAGUAAUACAUCUGUGGUUUUCAAUCUGCUGCAGUUGCAGAAACCUACAACAUGUACGACAAUGUAAAAGAUCAGUUGAGCUGGUUCUGUGGCAAGGCAUUGCAGGUCUUGGUAAUAACUGUUUAGAGGGUGUCAUUUCCAUGUACCAACUCGCAGUACAGUUUAAAUGCUUCUUCUCAAAGCGCUUUAAUUUGGAUAGGUUGCUGUUUCUGUAAAUGUUUUACUGGAUUAAAGGCAACCUUUUUUUGAAAA